AAUCUGACGGCAUGUCACGUGGUUAGAAUCCGGCUGAACCGUCAGAUCGUGUGGUGACGAUGGCUGCUCCAAUGAAGAAACGUGAUAUUCACCGAAGCACCGAAGACAGAAGUAGUGACGACGAUGAUCACAAUUCAUCGAACAGUGAGGAUAACGAGCACAAUGCGGUGGGGGAACAGGGAAUGGAAAUACAAGUAGACUUUGAGGGAAGGAGUCCCUUAGAUCCAGACUUUCAUGGCAUUAAGACACUUUUACAGCAGCUGUUUCUGAAAGCACAUCUUGACUUAGGUGGUCUCACUGACUUAAUUAUUUCUCAAAAUUAUGUGGGUUCAGUUGUUAAACAGUCAGAUGAUCUAGAAGACUCGGAUGAUGAAGACAAUGACAUCAAUGAUGUGUUUGGUAUCACUACGGUAAUUAAUUUAUCCAGUGGACAGAACCACCUUUGCAUUCAGCAACUUAGAGAUCUGUUACGGCAACUGGCCAAUGAGCAUGCAACAGAUGCAACUAACACAAUGAUAAAACAUGUUCUUGAGAAUGACUCUGAAGCCUUAGGCUUAUUAAUUAAUGAAAGAUUCGUUAACAUUCCAGCACAAAUUUCGGUACCGCUUCUGGAGAACUUGACAUCUGAAAUAAAAAGGGCAACCAGUAAGAGGAUGCCAUUUAACUUCUCUUACUAUGUACUGAUUUGCAAACUGUAUAAAACGGAAGACCAAAAGGUCGGUAAGAAAUCGAAAAAUAAGAAAAAGGAUAAUGCUGAAGAACCGACCAUUUUAUGGAGCAAUCCCGAAGAAGAAAUCUUCGCGGAGGAAGCAACAUUUAGUUUUGAAUUUUCCGUUGAAAAGGAAUCAGACAGUGGCUUGUCGGGCACGUGGACUGAAACCGAUAAUGAGAUGGUCCCGUACAGGAGGGUUCUCUUGUUCGAAGCUACCAAACUACAACAAAUUAUUGAUAAAAUAAAAGUACAUGUUUCGUUUUUAUAAAAUAAAGAAAAGUCAACCCAAAGGACUAACAAUGAUUUGUCUAAUAUUCCUCGAGAAGCCUUCCUUUGAUGUAUUAAAGGAAGUGCGUAUGCUUGAUAAAGAGUAACAUCUUUGAUAUUUUUUGUACAAUGAACUGUAUCAUAUAUAUAUACGGUACAUGUAACCAGCUUUUUAUAAUACACCUUUUUUCACAA